UGUAGUUCGGAGCGCGCCCAGGUGCGGCGGCGCCGCGGAGGCCGCCGGGAGCUGCGGCCGCCCCGCGGCAGGUGCGGCGCCGCGCGGCGGGAACUACAUGUCCCGGGAUGCCGCGGGGCGCGGGCGGCGCGGGCGCGGCGGCGGCGGGGGCGUAGCGAAGAUGGCGGCGGGGGCGCUGCGCCCCGCUCCGGGCUGAGGCGCGGCGCGCUCCCUGCGCCUCAGUGCGGCGGCGGCGAUGUCGGAGCCGGAGCACCUGGGCGGGAAGCGGGCCGAGUCGGCGCGGCUGCGGCGGGCCGAGCAGCUGCGGCGCUGGAAGGGCUCCCUCACGGAGCAGGAGCCGGUGGCGGCGGGGGGCGGCCGCGGCCGGCACCGCGGCGCCGGGGGGUCCCGCGUCCGCUUCGAGGAGGGCGCCGUCUUCCUGGCCGCCUGCUCCAGCGGCGACACCGAGGAGGUGAAGCGCCUGCUGGGCCGCGGCGCCCGCAUCAACACCACCAACGUGGACGGGCUGACAGCGCUGCACCAGGCCUGUAUAGAUGAGAACCUGGACAUGGUGAAGUUCCUCGUAGAAAACGGAGCCAACGUGAACCAGCAGGAUAAUGAGGGCUGGACCCCUCUUCAUGCAGUGGCAUCGUGUGGCUAUCUGAACAUAGCAGAGUACUUAAUUAGUCAUGGAGCCAAUGUGGCUGCUGUGAACAGCGAAGGUGAAGUCCCGUCUGACAUCGCAGAGGAAGCAGCCAUGAAGGACCUGCUUCUGGAACAAGUAAAGAAACAAGGUGUAGACCUAGACCUGGCAAGAAAAGAAGAGGAGCAGCAAAUGCUACAGGAUGCCCGACAGUGGCUGAACAGUGGGAGAAUAGAGGACAUAAAGCAGCCUCGAACGGGUGCCACAGCUCUUCAUGUUGCUGCAGCAAAGGGCUAUUCUGAAGUCAUGAGGCUUUUGAUCCAGGCUGGGUUUAAUUUGAAUGUCCAGGACAACGAUGGCUGGACACCGCUCCAUGCUGCUGCACACUGGGGAGUGAAGGAAGCUUGCUCCAUCUUGGCUGAGGCACUGUGCGAUAUGGACAUCAGAAACAAACUGGGCCAGACGCCAUUUGACGUGGCUGAUGAAGGACUGGUUGAGCAUUUAGAAAUGCUGCAGAAGAAACAGACUGUGCUGCGAAGUGAGAAGGAAACGAGGAAUAAACUAAUUGAAGCUGACAUGAACGGCAAGCCUCAAAGCGGACUCUUCACAAACAAAGAGAAGAUUCUUUAUGAGGAAGAUACGCUGAAGUCCAUGGAAAUGGAGGAAGAGAACAAGGACUCUAGCAGUUCCAGUUCUGAGGAGGAGGAGGAAGCUGAAGAAGAUGAAGUUUCAGAAUCAGAUGCUGAAAAGGAGUCAGAAAGGAAGGAAGAGUCCUUUGCCAACCACUCCAGCCAUGAAACCAGGCCUAGCAUCACUGAACAAAUACCACCACCAGAGUCCAACUCCUUCACUGCAUCUGCCAGAAGAUUCAGUUGGCUCAACAAGUCAGAAGAGCAGAAGGAUGAGUCACCUUCAUCUUGGCGGCUGGGUCUGCGGAAGACUGGCAGCCACAACAUGUUGAGUGAAGUUGCUGCUACUCGUGAGGCACAGAGAGAUAAGAGUUCUUCUAUCUAUCGUUCUUCAUCAAGUCCUCGGAUAUCUGCAUUAUUAGACAACAAAGAAAAGGAGAAAGACAACAAGAGCUAUCUUGCCACGAUAGCCCCCAGAAGACUAAGCAGUACAAGCGAUAUAGAAGAAAAAGAAAACAGAGAAUCAGCUGUUAACCUAGUGCGGAGUGGCUCUUACACCCGGCAGCCGUGGAGGGAUGAAUCAAAGGGAAACGAAGCCCCUCAUUCUGGUGCACCAGCCACCUAUGUAUCUACCUACUUGAAAAGUGCUUCAUUUGGUAGAAGUAGUGACCUCAACAGUCCCUACAUUUCAACCAGUCGCAAUACAUCUCUAGCUACCUCACCCACUACCAUUGGUUCAUCUACCUCAUUGGGCACCCAGUGGCAACCUGUCUCUUCCUGCCCCACAUCUCUCGGUGCGAACACUACUGCAUCAGCCCGCCAGUAUAACAGAGCCCCUUUCAGGCAACAAACUGAUUCUGCUGUAGAGAAAAAUACAGAGGGCAUCUCUGCUAGCACCCCCCUAGGUGUAAUCACAAAUCGUGCUGUACUCGGCUCUGCCAAUGGUAUUGCGAAUGCCGGUGCUGUCUCAACUACAGGAAAGGACUUCUCAGCUGAGGAAGCCAGGGAGCGCAGAAGGUCAUAUCUGACUCCGGUGCGGGAUGAGGAAGCAGAAUCCCUGAGGAAGGCACGAUCCAGGCAGGCCCGACAGACUCGCAGGUCUACACAGGGUGUGACACUUACAGACCUUCAGGAAGCAGAGCGAACCUUCAGCCGGUCUCGGGCAGAACGGCAAGCUCAGGAGCAGCAAAGUGAGAAACCUGAGAGCACGGAGCCUACUGAAGACAACAGUGAGAGGCAGGAGACCCGGCCACGGUGGAGCAGAAGUACAGAUGAGGAGACUGUCUAUCGGCGAUUAAGGUGCCCAGUACAAACAGACAAACCUACAACACCUGUAUCUCCCUCCACAUCAGCACCUCUCCUUUAUACAAGUUCUUACCUGACUCGAACAAAUAAGUAUCUAGGUCUUGACUCUGUGAAUCCAGCAGACUUCAGAGCUGCAGCCACGGAGAUGGAGAAAAAUGAGUGUGAAGAUCAAGAUUUAGACGACAGAUCUCCAAACAAACAGUCAAUCCGAGAGAGGCGGCGGCCAAAAGAGAGGCGAAGAGGCACUGGCAUCAUUUUCUCAACAAAAGAUGAUGAUGAUGAAGUUGAUGGAAAUGAGGAAGCGAAGGAAACUCGGCAUGAAAGACUUUCCAGGUUGGAAUCAGCUACAAAUCCUACCACCAGUGACUCUUCCUCCUACGGUGAUCGUGCCUCCAGCCGCUCCAGUGCCUACACCCGGAGAGAGAACCGGUUAGCCUCCCUCAGCGCCAGAACAGAAGAGGAGAGUAACAGGGACUAUAAAAAAUUAUAUGAAAGUGCCCUGUCUGAAAAUCAAAAGCUGAAAUCAAAACUGCAGGAAGCCCAGCUUGAGUUGGCUGACAUCAAAUCAAAGUUGGAAAAAGCAGCCCAGCAGAAACAGGAGAAAACUUCUGACCGAUCUAGCAUGCUCGAGAUGGAAAAAAGGGAGAAGCGAGCCCUGGAGCGGAAACUCUCUGAAAUGGAAGAGGAGAUGAAGAUUUUGACGGAGCUGAAGUCAGACAAUCAAAGGCUGAAAGACGAAAACGGAGCACUCAUUCGGGUCAUCAGCAAGCUCUCCAAAUAGGAAGCCUGAGCAAAGGCAGGAUGAAGAGGGGUGUCCUACACAAGCUGCCAACCCUGCCACCAAGCCCUCCCCACCUCUUUUCCUCCUGUCAAAAGUACAGCAAGCAUUUCAGCCAUGGGAUCAAUCUGUCACGCCUGCCUUGCCCUGCCCUUUGCUGUACAUUCCCUUACUGCCCUUCCUUCCCCCACAACACACGCCCCUGCCAUUUUAUUAUUUUUAAUUUAAGCAUGUUGUGGUAUCUCGGACAUUUUAUUCAAGGGAGAAGAGAAACAUGAGGACUGGGUUUGAGCUGCCAAAACUUUUUUUUUUUCCAAAAGCCCAGUGUUUGGUGUUGGACUCCAGUCUGGAGUAGGUAGCUUCUACUUUUAAAAGUGAUGCAGAAAUACCUGAAGAACUAAUCGAGCAUGUCCAAGCCCUGUGUAGGUGGGAAAUGUGAACAGGAGCUGUGACUCUGCGGACGCAUGUCAGCUGCCCAUGUGAAAUGUGGGACUCUGGUUAAAACGUGAUGCUGUGAAAGACACCGGGGCUGAUUUCUGAGACAGACUGAUGAGAGCUGCUUUGCACAGAGAUCUCGUUCUCCCCUUACCCCAGUAGACCGAGUCUUUCUAUUUAAUGUAAGAUUUUGAAUCUGUUCAGUGACAUCAGUGCUGAAUCUCAGCAUCAGACCCCUUAUUUCUCACCUGGCUUUUCCUCUGCAGCCUGGGUGAUGAGGUAUCAUGCUGCAUCCUUCCAGGGCUCCUAUCUCAGUUACUGUGCAGUUAGUAGCAUCUGCUAAUUGCAUCUGGACUCUUGCCCCUUGGAAUAGGAUAUAUCACAGAAACUUGCCAAGGUUCCCAAAGGAGGAGCUUAAACCAUUAGAGGUCAUCUGCGACUUUCAUGUGCCUACAUUACAUUUGAGCGUGAAUCACCUUGCAGGGAACUGUGUCCGCACAAGAACCCAGCCUCCCUUUCCUGACAGUGGUCUGGAACAUCUUCCUGAUAAACUGUUACAUGGAGGAAGAGCCCUGUAGAGGAGUCCGGUCAGAUAUUUCAGGUAUUUUGCUUUGAUGUUCAACGUGAGGCUAACCAAAGGAAAUGCAGCGCUGUUUCGUUUCUAGGGAAUGGAGAUGAGAGAGGGAAUGCCAGAGGCCAGCUUCACCCACCCAUCCAUUGGUGAGAAAACCUCACACAGCCAGUUUCAAGGCAGAAGAACAUGAAGCAGGGACCAUUUGGCCUCCUGCAUGUCUUGCAAAGGUGUGGGUGCACUGGUAUCGGAGUGGCAGGAAGGACCUAUCCUUGGGCAUGCUGGUAACUGUAUCUCUAGGAUAAAAGUCUUUUAACUGGUCAGAAGCUCGCAGUAAGACUUGACCUUGAAGGAGACCUCAAAAAGCUCUUUUGUGUUAUUCGCACUCAGAACAGUUUGAAAUUGUUCACUCUAUGGGCAUUUAGACAGUGACUCCUCCAUGUACUCUGUGAUUUUGAUGAUAGCAGCAGUAACCUGUCAUCAAAUCUGUUGAGCUUCCUCUUAAUAGACUCCUCGCAAGAGACCUUUCCUUUUCAGAGACUUCUUGCUGUAUCCAAACCUCUUUCCCAUCCACUUACAUACAUACAUGGCCUUUCAUUUCCUGUGUCCUUUGAUUUCCCUGCUCUGCAUGGCUGAGAAUUAGGGUCACAGUCAUUGAACUUGUAGGUCACCGUGAAGAAAUGUUACCUACGUUCCCAGGUGCUUCUGCUGACUUUUGGCCUGUGGAUCCUGCAGGGCUGGUAGGGAUCUUUCGGCUAUGAGCGAUAUAGAUAUGAUACUUGAACACGAGCAUAAUUCCUGAGCUUGCUCAACAGGGUAAAAUUUCUCUCUAACACUGUCCUGGGCUUUUUGGAACCUUUCACUGGCUAGUGCUUCAGAAAGUAUGUUAAUUUUCCUCUCCCUUGGUUUUUUUUUGUUUUAAUUCUCAAUUUUUUUCCCUUCCCCUCCCCAUCCUGCCUGCCUCCACCUCUCUAGUUCUUGUUAGAGCUGCCAGUUUUUCCCAGGGCAGGUCUGGACAGAGCUUCCUCUUCCACCGCUCAGCCAGUGGAGUUACUUGUGCAUGGCACGAGAUGCCAUUUCUCCUGGUACGCUGAAGCGCUCCCUCUGCUGCUGUGCUUUGGGGAGGAAGAGACCAAAGCUGGUUAACGGCAUCAGGGUUUCUGCAGAGCACUGCCUAAUCCGGGCAUCCUUUUUUAUUACGUUAUUUUAACCCUGCUAUAUUUAACAGCUUUAAGUCUUGAAACCUGGUCAAUGCUUUUUCUGCACGCCUUUCCCUCUUGGCGCACUCUUUAUGUAAGUACUUCUGCAUUUCUCGAUGUUCCCUCUUUACGGCCCACUCCUUGCUUCAGACUUGGGCUUUCUCGGCUCUAAACGUGACAGGAGUCCCGUCACUUCUGUGCUGUGUGAAGACGAAGGUGUUCACCUGCUGGGGCUGCUGCUGUCGUUCAUCUUGGCCGUGAGCAGUGCUGGCAUGCCAACACGUGAAACUCGGAUUGUGUGUGCCCAGCAGGACAAGGGACAAGACUGCAGAAUAAAGAUCCUGUUCUUCUCACAAGGCAGGUCCCUGGAGGUGUGAAGAAACCUGGUACCUGUUUAGGGAGAGGGUUCAACCCGUUCUGACAAAUCCAUCCUGCACUGACAUUUUGCCCCUUCCUACCAGGCAACUCAUUGUGUUUUAUCCUAAGGAACAAUAUGCAAAGGGUGCAAAAGGCUGAAUUCCUCUGCGUGGCACCUUUCAAAGCCAAACCACUUUAGAUGAAGUGUCUGCUUAGCACUGGAUUAGCAUCCUAAGCUCUGACUAGGGUAUAGGACCCACCAACAGUUUAGUCUCAGCGACUAGCCAAAGCUGUGAGUAUUUCAUGGUAACUAUGUAAUUGAAAACCAAAUUCUUGCGAAUGACUUUUGGUCUCUGUUAACCAUGUCUGACAUAACCAGUGCACUGAGGAGAUGAUAUAAUAGGAUGCCUUGCGUUCUGCACUUGGGACAGAGUGCAAAGCAAGCAGUUUUUAAAACUGAUCCCUAUUUGAAUCCGGAGCAUUUGCCAGAGGUGCUCUCCAUUGGAGAGCACGGAAGCUUUUUUCUAAGCAAUUGCUUGGGGUGAAUUCAUUUUUAUUGCUUGGGGUGAACCCACCUAUUGUGGCUGCAAGUUUGAUGGCUCUUUGUAAAUAAACUCCUUGGAGAAAGCAGGACUAGCUUAUGAGAUGGGGAGAGAAUGUAUUUUUAUGCAACUUUGAGUGGCCUUUCAAACCCUGAGAUGAAUGAUUUGUUUUACUGGUUGUUGUUAUAUAGUAUUAUAAGUAUUACGUGUUUGAAAGUUUGGGAAUAAUAUUCACAUCUAUGAUGCUUGUAAACACAACAGUAUUUAUAAAUGAAUAAAAUAAGAGUUGAUAAAAUAGAA